GCAUCGCUGCCUUUGUAGUUUUCUCCGCGGAUGGGCCGGAAGAUAAGAAGAUAGUGUUGUCAAAAUCUGAUUUUGUACUAUGUUUCAUACGUGUAUAGGCACUUCUGAAUACACUUGCGAGUGAAACUGCUGUUAUUCUGUACUAUAAUGCGCGCACGGGUUUGCGUAUGUAUCCGUUCAAUUUCAGAACCAAAUACAGGCGUUACUAUUGUCACACAAAGGCGAAUGAAUGCAGCGCUGCCUAUUGUGUGUUCAGCUGGACCCACAGCUUCAUUUGUGCUUUCUUGCCUUCAUUCACAGGCUUAACAAGUUCUCCGUUUUUAAUCCACCUUACCAAACGUUGUGCGUAAAUAUGAACAAUAAAAUCAUUCAGCGUAAUAAAUGUAGCCUAUUCAUUUUGUUCUAACGUUCAACAUUAAAUCGCAUCCGCUUGCACGGUCAGCGCCAUAGUCACAUGCAUUAUUUAUAAAGUUCGGCUCACCCAGUCUGGUCCAUUGGUUUCUACUAGAUUCUUCCGUGCACUCAAUGUUUUUUUUUUUAAAUCAAUAAAAUAUGAUGUGAGAUAGGUACUCUAAACUUAUGUGUCCAAGAAAAGCAUUUUUAUAUUACAGGAACGGGUCCAUCCCCUCAUGGGUGCUACCAUGUUGACAUCACAUGACCUGUGGUGUUAUGCAAAUUGAAGAGUUAGUAUAUAAUACUAAUUUUAACUUUAUAUAAAACUUUUAAUUAAUGUUCAAUGCUCUUUACAAAGCAUUAACAAUACAUCUAAACUAAAUGAGCAAUGGCCAGUGUCUAUUACAUGGAGGUGUGUAGUAUGAGGAAAAAGGGGAAAAAAACAAAAUAUAAACAAACAGUUUGCUUGUGGCGAAGCUGCAGUUGGUAAAACAAAACACUUGCAUGCAUUCAGGCCAAUAGGUGUCAGUACAGAGUAAAAAAAAAAAAAAAAAAGUAGUAGUAAUAGCAUAGAGUGCAACAGUCGGUUCCGGAAGUAAAAAUUCCAUUCAUUUGAUUUUUAAAGAUCAUUUAUUUAACUUUAAACACAGUCCUAUUGUUCCAAGACAUUCAAGACUAUGUGCUUUUGUUGAAGCCGUCAGUCUGCUCAAUCUAUUUUGCCGAUUUUAUUUUUCAAACUUAUUCUUUUAAAUAAUUGUGUUUAUCUGCGGAAUGAAAAAUUAUAUUACCCAUGAUUCUGCAAAGUAAUCUCCACCAGUCAGAAACUGAUUCAAGGAAUGCAUGAGAAGCAUGACACAUAGCUGCGUGAGGAGCAUGGAGGGAACAGGACAGCCUGGAGCCGGAGACGCCUCUCACAGGCAAUGCCCAAUUGCUCCUCUCUAAGCUAUGGCCUGGCAGAAUACAUCCCCAUUCCGAUAUGGCUUUGACCUGGGGGGACAUUACCAGGAUCUGCGUCCUCUUGGCACGGGAGCAUCCGGACUCGUCCUCUCUGCUGUGGACAGGCGCAGCGGCCUGCGUGUGGCGGUCAAGAAGCUGGUCAUGCGAGAUGCCGUCAGCGUAAAACAUGCUCUGAGAGAGGUGAAGAUCACCCGACGGCUGCAGCAUGAGAACAUCGUCCGGGUGCAUGACGUGUUGGGGCCAUCCGGUCACCCUUUACCGCGUGACCUGACCCAUGUGUCAGCGAUAUACAUUGUGCAAGAGUGUAUGGAAACUGACCUGGCACGGUUACUGGAGCAAGGGCCGUUGCCAGCAGAACACGCCACCCUGCUCUUUUAUCAGCUGCUUCGCGGGCUCAAGUUCAUCCACUCGGCCAACGUGCUGCACCGUGACCUCAAGCCAGCGAACAUCUUUAUCAACACUGAGCAAAUGCUGCUGAAGAUCGGAGACUUCGGUCUGGCUCGCAUUGUCGACCCACAUUAUUCGCACAAGGGAUAUCUGUCAGAAGGAAUGGUCACUAAAUGGUACCGUUCACCAAGACUGCUGCUGUCUCCAAAUAACUACACUAAAGCAAUUGACAUGUGGGCCGCAGGCUGCAUUCUGGCUGAGAUGCUCACAGGACGCAUGCUGUUUGCAGGUGCUCAUGAACUGGAGCAGAUGCAGCUGAUUUUGGACACUGUGCCUGUUAUUAGAGAGGAGGACAGACAGGAAUUGCUGAAGGUCAUGCCCUGUUUUGUAGGUCAAGGGUGGGCGGUUAAGAGGUCACUCAGAAAACUAUUGCCAGAGGUGGAGGACAAAGCCAUUGAUUUCCUGGAGUGUAUCCUCACCUUUAAUCCCAUGGACCGGCUGACAGCAGAAGCGGCUUUGUCUUAUCCAUACCUCCAGAGAUACUCGUGUCCUCAGGAUGAGCCUGUCUCCUUGCAGCCUUUUCGCAUAGAGGACGAGCUGGAGGACAGUCUGGUCACCGAGCAUGGUCACGCGCUCAGCUCCCACUGGGACAGGUAUGAUGGGAGUCUAUCGUCAGACGUGUAUUGGCCGCAGCAGGAGCAGUGCGGCUGCAUGCAGAGCGUCUCUGAACUGGGAGAGGCGGAAGACGACGAGGUUCAAAGAGAUCCACGAGCGAGUUCAGCGGCCCACAUCGAGGAGGCUCAGGUAGACCCUCGCAAAUACUCCCACAGCAGCUCCGCAGAGCGCUUCCUGGAGCAGUCCCAUUCGUCUCUGGAACGCGUCUGUGGCCAGUUCACCGAGCUGGACUGCGGCCGCUCCUGCGAUUACAAGGUGGGCUCUCCGUCCUACCUGGAUAAGAUUGCGUGGCGGGAAGGGAAGCCGCAGCACUACUCUGAACCCAAGCUAAUACUGGACCUGUCUCACUGGAGGCAUAACAGCAUGUCUGUUCCAAGAGGUGGCAGCGUGGAGAAGCUUCUCACCGAGCCUGGAGAUCUGUUCCAGGAGAUCUCGCGCUGGGUGGAGAGCGCACAGUCUGGGCUCCACUCGCCCGGUUCUCCUCAAGAAGCUCUCACCUCCCCGUGUUCCCCUCCUCAGCCGCUGUCUCCUACAAUGAUGCCUCAUUCUCACAUGCAAAUCCCAGCAGCUUUGCAACUGUCCAGCCUUCACGACAGCAGGAGGAGUCCUAACCCGUUCUUCACCGCUCCUCCAUCUCUGCUGCCCUCUUCUCCUUCCUCGCCUCAUCACGGUUCAGCAAAUUACCUGUCUUCCUCCAUUCGUUGUGAAAAUGAUGAGGAGCCCUCGCAGAUGGAGCCUUCCGGGGAAGAACAUUUUGACCUGGACGUGUUUAUCUCUCAGGCUCUGAGGCUGUGUAGUCAGAGUGAGGCACUGGCGGAGAACUCGGACGCUCCCAAAUCGGGCAGCAUUAGUCAUGUUCACAACGUCUCAGAUCACAGACCCUCCAGAACACAAACUCCAACGCCUGAGAUGGUCAAGGCUCAUGGGUGUCAUAAAGAGCACUGGUAGAGGGGAUCUUUGACUUUUUAUUUAAUGAUUUUGAAGAUGUUUAGUGCAACUUAUUUAAGGUGGAAUGAAUGAAUGUGAAUACUGGGGACCUUUUGAGUUUUUUGAGAAUGUUGAUUUAUUACCUGAGGGUAUGAUUCUGUAUUCCAGAAGAAAUAUGAAGUAUUUACCUCUAGAAUGAGGAUAGCCUGGCAAAAAACAUCUGAGAUCUCAAAUAGGAUUUGAUUGGAGCCUUGAGGGCACAUGUUGAUGGGAAAUCUUUUUUUCUUCCUUAUGAAUCUUUCUCUCUCUCUCCAAAAAAAAUUGUGUUCCUCCAAGAAACUUUUGCAUUCUCUCAAAUUUGUUUUUGCUGCUCUCAUAUUUGAUUUCCCACAUUUCUCUAUGAACUAUUCCAUUUGAAAUAUUUUAAUCUUUCUGGUGAAUAUAUUUAAAACUAAAUUUUAAAACUAAAUUUUGUUAGAGAAAUUUUUCAAGUUUCUUAUGAAAAUGUGCAAGUAUUUUUUUUUUUCCUCCCAGUUAAUUUUUCUCAUAACUAUAUGUCUUUAGGCGCACUGUAAAUUUAAAACUAAAAUGUUUUAUUUAAUGUUACUAAAAGCAUUGAGCAAGAGUGAAGGCUAUGUCUUUUAAUUGUUUUGUCUUUUCAUUUUAAUUGUCGUUUAAUAACUUUAGGCUGCAUAGUUUUUAGUUUUUAUUACUUUAUUAAAUAAUUAACAGAAGUGUGUAACAGGAGUAUUUUUUUUUUCCCAGUGUGGGCUAAAAAUGGCACUUUUGAUAAGCAUAUUUAAAAAGUUUUCACUCACAAUGCAAUAAAGACUGCAGUCAUUUCAGUUUGCUCCAUUUUUGGCCACCGUGUAUAUGGAACAUAUUGUUGCUGAUUUAAAGUAUUUUAUUUAAAUGUGAAAUAUCAAAUAUAUCUUUGCAUAGGGUAUUUCUACAGAUUUUUUUCAAAUAGAUUUCCCCCCAUCAUCCAUUGGUUGGCUAAACGGAUAGUCCCACACCAAACUCACACCACUGGUUGCUCCAAAGAGAAACCCACAUCUUUAACUUUUAAAACAUCAAUCGCUAAAUUAAAACACGAGAUCAGCAGAUUGUUAUUCUUUGUAAUUUUAAUUCCCAUAAUUUAAUUAGUUAAAAUGCAGACAACUUUCACAAAAAAGUUCCAAAAAGAAAGGAAACAGCAAUACAGUACAUAUGCAGAUAUGGGUUUUUUUGUUAAAACUAAAGCCCUGUCUUAAGAUGGUACCAGACAGUUAACAGCAUAGCAUUCACAUCAUGGCAAUAGAGACGACACAAAGCAGGCAAUCAGCAGGCCAGCAGAGGAUUGGGCUACAUUCUAUUUUCAAGUGCAGAUAAGAACAUGGAAACUUAAUAAAUGAUAUUAGUACACUACGGGAGAAUGUCACUAGGCUGCCAAGAACAGUUAUGAAACCUUUUAUCAACACACUGGUUGUGGAUAUGGAUGAUUUUGUUUCUGUAAGUCUUACAUAGUGAUCUCUGGAUUUGUCCAAUCAUAACAUGUCCAUCUAAAAACACAGAAUGGCUUUGACGUUUCUGACUGUGAUUUAGCAUAGUAGUGGUUCACACACCAUUCUUUGAAUAUGUAACUCAAAACUAACUCUGUGGCCAAACUACUGCAGCCUCAUGUUCGGUUACGCAAAUACCUGAACACAGACGCGAUUACGAAAUUCAACGCAACUCUCAGCAUUGCCACAAGGGGCGCUGCAAUGACAAAAUAGCGUAAAUUUAUUAUGGAUCAACUACUGUCAUGAUGCAGUAAGAAUUUAUUACGUUUUAUUAACACAUGUAGUUUAACAUCAGAUACAUUUAAAUUGAACUGCUCUCUGAGUACUGAGGUUUGUUAGCGCGAUACCAAAACAAGAGCGGCAAGCGUCUGCGUUCGUGUACUUGCGUAAAUAAUGUUUUUUACUGCGCAUGUGGAAGAUUUCGCUGGCGUGCCGUUAAAAAACAAACCAAGUCAUAGCAGAAAGGCAGAUUAUAUCGCCAGGUUGAUGCAAAAUAUCGGAUGCAGGUUAGUAAAACGUUUUACUGAAUCUUGCUGUGCCCCUGUCUGACUCUAAACCAUGUUAUCGCCACUGCUGGUGGAGGUUCAAUUGACCUCAUUCUGGCAGCUCAAUAUUGCAUUUCAGGGAAACAAAAUUACAAAGUUAUUCAGCCUUACUUUUCAAAAAAUAAUCAUGAAAAACUGUUGAAAUUUUAACAACUCGCAACCACUCACUCUCACACAAGGGAGAGACGUCCCUGGGCAAGAAAAACAAACAAACAAUGGAUAUAUGGAACCAAUCCACAUUAUGAUCCCCUGCCCGAACUUUUUAGACUCUUUUGCGAUAUAACCAUCUUUAAGAAAUUGUUCAGUGGUAUUUCAGCACUGAAUUGUCUUCUUAUAGUUACUGGUACUGUAAGGAUCCCAGUUUACUCUCCAUGUGAGAAGUCACCACCCCGGUAGAACUUAUAUAUGUAGAAAAAUAUAGUUUAAUGAAAUUCAUCUCUAUUAAUUUCUUUAAUUAUUAUUUUUUUAAUCAUAUCCACCAUGUAAAGUUGUGUACUACAUAUAGCAGUGUGAUGUAACAAGAUCAUCAUGAUGAUUCACACUGCUAAACACAAAAUGACAUGAAACACCUUUGCACUAUGCCUGGUUAUUUCAUAUUUAAUUUGUGAUUAAUAGUUAGUUGAUUGGCAUUUUUAGGCAACUGCAAUGAGUUAUUCUACAAUAUGAUUACAAUGUAAACACCACAGUACUGAAGUUACUGUAUCCAACAAACAGUAAAGCACAACAUUACAAGGCAAAUGGCCAUAUAAGCAUAGAUUUGUUCUUGAUGAAUAAUAAAAACAAAAGUAAUACACAAAAAAAGAAAGAAACAGCAACACUUUGCAUUGGUUCAAAGCCACACGUUUGUACAGUUUCCAAAUCUGGUGACUAUCUCGAGGCAGAUUACAACGGUGUCUGACAAACAUCUAAGCCUGGUUCACCUGAUGUGAGCCUGGCCAUUUUGGACUGAAAUCAUGAGACUUUUUGGUUUCUUGUGGUGUCAGGGCCACAAAUAGGUCGUUACAUAUUAACCUUUCGUUAUAUGACACAUCUGUGCCACUGAAUCACAUACUGACCCGAUGUUAAACAAACUCCUCUUCUGAUAAAGCUCAAUGUGGUAUCAGUACUGAAGGCGGAAUCAAGUAUCUGGAGCUGAUUUGAGACUGACCAAUAGCCAGGCCUGGCAUCUAACACUGCCUCUCAAUACAUCAUAAACGUGACGUGGGUAAAUCUAUGCUUGUGUGUUUGUGCUGGUUUUAUGGGUUCACUGUAAGUGAUUUUGGCUUUUCCGGCACAUACAGGUAUUUAUAUUGGCAUCAUCCGUUUGGGCUCUAAGAACAUUAUAUAUUAUUGCUAGACCGAACUACUAGCAUCCUUUAUAUACUAUCCACAAUACAGAGUCAAACUGAUUACUUUUGUUUGGAUAUUGUUUAGAUUGUAAUUACAAACACUGUCAACGAGUAUGGCAAUUAAAAAAUUUAUCAUCACAAUCUUUGGCUAUUAAUCUUCCAAAAAGAAAAAAAAAAAAAAAAUCAAAUGGGCAAAAAUCACCUAUUGAUAU